AUCAGAAUAUUCAAAGUCAUUAUUACGACGCUUGUUUCCGCAUUCAUCUCACGUUUCCGUUGCACCGUCAUCUACGUCCGGCUCAUUUUAUUUCUGAUUGAAACCUCUUGAUAAUCUCUCAGAGUUCUUUGACGAGGUCCGAAACUAACGGGGAUCUUGUAAUGCCCACACAGAGCCAAUCGUUGGCUUAGAUCAAGAAUCGACGGAUCCCUACAGGAGUAUCCCCGAAUCAACCCACCGACACCAGGUAACUCCUAGUCGAGAACUCGAAACAACAGUGGUGGGCAGGUAUUCCGGAGCAAGUGGAAUAUCCGCUGCGUGCAUUCGAAGCAGUCGUGCGCCAGCCUCUCACCGCGACACAUUUCGUUCCCUCCCUCGGUUCAGCUCUUCCCUCGUCUCUCUCUCUCUCGAGAGAGUGCAGUUCUUGAAAACAGCCACGACGGUUCGCACGUUUUCUGCUCUGCGCAGAACGAAUUCUCCGCAGAGACGAAGCCGCAGAGGGUGGUCCGUUGGAGGGUGUACGUAAAUCUUGCGCACGCCGAGGGAAUCACGUGGAUAUACGCGAUCAACGACUGCGUGGGAAAUUCUGCGAUGGAUUGGUAGACGGCGGGACGUCCACGUGACAUGAGAGAGCGGCUUCGAAAAUGAUGAGGAGGAGCGGUAUGAACGGACGAGGAGUCGGCGGCAACGGUGAAGGAGCAUUGGUUCUGCUCCUCGUCGCAUUCACUCCUGUUAUCUGCUCCGCCGGAAUCCUGGACCCUUGGCAGUGGGCGCGCAGCGAUCGGAUCGAAGUCAAUAUACCUUGGCUACCUUUCGAGAACGAGACGCGCUGCUAUGACGAACUGGGCUGCCUGAACAUCACCAGGAGCUGGUACCAUCUUAUUCACCGGCCCCUCAACGUUUUCCCAUUGCCGCGAGACGUCAUCAAUACCAGAUUCAUCCUCUAUACAAAUCAGAAUCCCUUGGACGGUCAAAUAUUAAAAGUAGCUAAGGAUAAAUCCAUCGAAAACUCCAACUUCAAUCCUAAGCGAAAAACCAAAUUCAUUAUACACGGUUUUAUAGACACGCCACUCAGCAAUUGGGUCAAGGAGAUGAGGAGCGAAUUGUUAGUGCAUGGCAAUUACAACGUUAUCGUGGUCGAUUGGGCAGGCGGGAGCUUACCUUUGUACACCCAAGCGACAGCGAAUACGAGAUUAGUUGGGCUCGAGUUAGCUCAUCUCAUUAAGCAUUUGCAAACAAACUACGGCAUGAAUCCGAACGAUGUGCACUUGAUUGGACACAGCCUCGGUGCUCACACGGCUGGUUAUGCGGGUGAAAAAUUGGGCGGCAAUAUCGGACGCAUCACCGGUUUGGAUCCCGCGGAACCGUACUUUCAAGGAAUGCCUAACCAUCUUCGUCUAGAUCCCACAGACGCUCGAUUAGUGGACGUAAUUCACACCGACGGAAAGAGCAUCUUUUUCUUAGGUCUUCCAGGGUACGGCAUGAGCCAGCCGUGCGGACACUUGGACUUCUACCCGAACAACGGCAAGGAGCAGCCGGGCUGCACGGAUUUGAGCGAGACCACGCCGUCGUUGCCGCUGACUUUAAUACGCGAGGGUCUUGAGGAGGCUUCGCGCGUCCUGGUCGCCUGCAAUCAUGUGCGCGCGCUCAAGCUCUUCAUCGAGAGCAUCAAUUCCAAAUGUCAGUACGUGGCGCACGAAUGCUCGAGCUAUGCGAGCUUUCUGCGCGGCGAGUGCUUCUCUUGCAAGAGCAACAACAGCCUAAGCUGCGGCGUGAUGGGCUAUCACGCCGACACCAGUCCAGCACUUGUCAAACGCCAGGCCAUGGGACAGGACGUCUCGUCCUUGCUAGGGUCCAAGUUCUUCUUCAUGACCGGCAAGGAAGAUCCGUACUGCAGGAGACAUUACAGAAUCACCGUCAACCUCGCGCGACCGCCGACCGCGGAGAGCUGGGUGCAAGGCUUCAUGAAAGUUACUCUCCACGCCGACAAAGGCGUGAUACGCAACAUGGAUCUCACGCCCAGCGGUUACAUGAAGCUGGAGCACGGGACGACCGCGCGGAUAGUCGUGGCCCAUCCGACCGGUUCUAUCGGCAACAUCGGUAAAGUCAGGCGGAUCGAGCUCUCCUGGGUGUACGAUAUGGACGUGCUGCAACCUAGAUCCUUGUGCUUCUUUUGGUGCAACGACCGACUGUACGUCAACAGCGUCAGCGUGGACGCCAUGGACCUUCCAGGCAGAGGAAAACGGGAUACGGAUUUCACCAGCAAGCUCUGCUCGGCCAGCAGACAGGAAUACGCGGAGAUUGCGAGUGGAUCCACCGCCACAUUCGUCGACAAUUGUUGACGAUCGUGUUCCCCGAGGCGCGAGAAACGUUAUUCGACCGCGCAGUAAUUAUAAAAUGCCGACAGCUGCGUCCACCCGGAGGCAGAUGACUCUCGAAAGUCACGGCCGAUGAUGAAGCGAAGUGGAAAAAAAAAAAAAACGCAAGA